GGGGCGCGCAGGCGGCGGCGGCCGCCGGAGGGGUGCGCGAGAUGGCGUUCCGACCCGAGAGCCUCGGGUGCGGUGCGGCGUGCGUGCAGCUGGCGGGCUCCGGGCCGGGGAAGGCGCUCGAGCUGACGGCGGUGCUCGACCCGCUCUCCAAGGAGGCGCAGCGCGCGGUGCCCAUCCUGAUGGCGCUGCACGAGUCGCUCGGCCUCUCCGUCACGCUGCACCUCAACCCGAGCUUGCAGAUCGACAAGUUCCCGCUCGAGUCGUUCUACCGGUACGUCGUGUCGCUCGAGCCGAGCUUCGACAACGCCGGCCGAUCGCUCAGCCCGCAGCUCGACCGCGCCCUCUUCUCGUCGCUGCGCACGCCACAGGUGCUGACGCUGCACGUGGACGCACCCGAGGCGUGGCUGCUCGAGUGCACCGAGGCGGCGUACGACAUGGACAACCUGCGGCUCGCCGAGCUGGGCGACCGUCGGACGGUGUCCGCCGUGUACGAGCUCGCGUCGCUCCUCAUCACGGGCAGCUGCGAGGACGUCGGCUCGCGCCACCCCCCCAACGGGCUGCAGCUGCUGCUCGGGACGACCGCACAGCCGCACGCGACCGACACACUCGUCAUGUCCAACUUGGGCUACUUCCAGCUCAAGGCGGCGCCCGGCGUGUGGGAUCUCUCCCUCGCGCCAGGGCCCUCUUCCGAGGUCUUCACCCUCCGCACGGCGCCCGCCCUCCUCGCCGCCGGCCACUCGACGCGCGCGUUUCGCGGAGGCAUGCAGCGCAUCGACCCCGCCACUCUCAACGACGCGGCGGCGGUGCGGGUCACUAUGGCGGACUUUACGGGCGCAAACAUCCUGCUGCUCGCGCAGAAGCGGCCCGGGCUCGAGUCGUGGUGGUCGGGCGGCGAGAAGGGCGACGCCAGCGAGACUGUGCACGUCUUCUCUCUCGCGCACUUGUACGAGCGCUUCCUCAAGAUCAUGCUGCAGUCGGUGCUGCAGCGCACAAAGCGGCACGUCAAGUUUUGGUUCCUCAAAAACUUCCUCUCGCCCGCCUUCAUCGGCUCGCUGCCGGCGAUGGCGGCGGCGCUCGGCAUCGAGCGCGGGCGGGGGCAUGCGCUCGGCUUUGAGUACGGGCUCGUGCAGUACCAGUGGCCCUCGUGGCUCCACAAGCAGACCGACAAGCAGCGCAUCAUCUGGGGCUACAAGAUCCUCUUCCUCGACGUGAUGUUCCCCCUCUCGGUAGUCAACGCCGACGUUGGCGAGUUGUGGGACAUGAAGCUGCCCGGCCGCGCGGCGGUGGCGAUGACGCCAUUUUGCCAGGCGGACGCCAACCCCGACACGACGGGCUUCCGCUUCUUCGCGCAGGGCUACUGGAGGGACCACCUGCAGGGGCGGCCGUACCACAUCUCGGCGCUCUUUGUCGUCGAUCUGCACAAGUUCCGGCGGCGCGCGUACGGCGACCAGUACCGCGUCUUUUACGACUCGCUCUCCAAGGACCCGAACUCGCUCUCCAACCUCGACCAGGACCUGCCCAACUACGCGCAGCACGUGGUGCCCAUCCACUCGCUUCCAGAGGAGUGGCUCUGGUGCGAGACGUGGUGCGGCAACACCUCCAAGCCGCGCGCAAAGACCAUCGACCUCUGCAACAACCCGCUCACCAAGGAGCCCAAGCUCAGCCAGGCGACGCGCGUGAUUGGCGAGCGCUGGUCGGCGCUCGACGCGGUCGCAAAGGGCAUCGAGGAGGCCGAGUCGCCGGCGCAGCCGAGCAGGGACGAGCUGUGACCGCGGCGAGCGGCCAACUGCGGUCCGAUGGUUGUGGAUGUCAUCACUGUGCGCGGGCCGUCCGCGUCUCCCGUCAAAGAUUCUCUCCACAGUCAACACGCGAGGUGUCUAGACGUGAUGCUGA